GCUCAACUACCAAUCCCACCUACCAAAUCGGUGAAGUGUAAUCUCAGGGACGGUAAAAUGUCAUUAGACUUAGUUUCUAUUUUUAGCUAAUCUCCCUUCAUCAAAGUACGGAGUACAAGACAGAACCAUAUAUAUAUAUAUACUGAUAUACACACACAGAGAGAGAGAGAGAGAGGGAGAGAGGGAGAGAGUAUGGAGGAUGGACAGGUUAAUAGGCGUUUGCUUUUGGAAGAAAAGAUUGAAGACCCAGACGGGGGCAGCAGAGGCGAGGCUGCGGAAGGCGGAAUAUCGUCCUCCUCCGUCACGGCUGUGGUUGUUUUCAGCACCUCCGUCGCGGUCGUCGGUUCAUUCAGCUACGGGUUUGCUGCUGGAUUUUCGUCUCAGGCUGAAUCUGGCAUAAGGAGUGACCUAGGCCUGUCUACUGCAGCUUACUCUUUAUUCGGAUCAAUGUUGACAAUUGGAGGAAUGGUAGGUGCAACAGUGAGUGGCAAAGUAGCAGAUCUCAUUGGCCGGAGAUUUACAAUGUUGCUGUCAGGAGCAUGGUUCAUCUUAGGGUGGCUUGCAAUACUUUUUGCACAGGGUGCUUGGAUGCUCGACAUUGGAAGAGCUGUACUGGGAUUUGGAAUCGCCCUCCAAACUUUCGUGGCACCGGCCUAUAUUGGUGAAAUCUCUCCCAAAAAUACCCGCGGAGGAUUUACUGCAGCCAAUCAGUUACUGAAUUGUUGUGGCUUAUCAGUGGUGUAUUUCGUUGGGAAUCUUGUCACUUGGCGUACCUUGGCUAUUAUCGGAAUUAUACCAUGUAUGGUUCAGGUUGUUGGCGUAUUCUUCAUACCAGAGUCUCCAAGAUGGCUGGUAAAGAUUGGAAAAGAAAAGGAUUUAGAUGCAACUUUAAGGCGCCUUAGGGGAAAAGAUGCUGACGUUUCUCAAGAAGCAGCUGACAUCAGAGAUUAUAUUGAAAUCGUUCAGCAGCUCCCGAAGGCUAAAUUUCUAGAUAUGUUUCAGAGAAAAUAUGCUCAUUCACUUACGAUUGGAUUUGGUCUACUGUUACUUGCGAUUUUUGGAGGCACCGUUGGGAUAUCCUACUAUGCAAGUUCCAUUUAUGAGGCUGCUGGUUGCUCGGUGAGCGUAGGCACUACAACAAUGGCUAUUGUUCAGAUCCCAUUUUCGGUUUUGGGUUUGCUCUUAAUGGAUAAAACCGGACGACGACCACUCUGGAUGAUUUCUGCGGCUGGAACAUGCCUGGCAAACUUUCUUAUAGGAUUGGGAUUCCUCUUGCAGAAUCUUAACCUAAAUAAGGACCUCACCGCGAUAUUGGUGUUCAGCGGCAUACAGUUAUAUGUAGCAACAUUUUCAGCAGGAAUGGCUAGUACACCGUGGGUGGUCGUGUCAGAGAUGCUUCCCCUAGACAUAAAGGGUCCAGCUGGAAGCCUCAUUACUUUUUGCAACUGGGCAAGUGCUUGGGUUGUUUCUUAUGGUUACAUCUUCAUCCUUGACUGGAGCCCAGCAGGAACAUUUUUCAUCCUUGCUGGAAUUUGUGCUUCAACUGUUGUGUUUGUUGCAAAACUGGUGCCUGAAACGAAGGGCCGAACUCUAGAAGAAAUACAAGCAUCACUUACCCUCUUCACAUAAAGAUGUGUUUUUGAAUCGCAAAUAAUAGCUCUCACGAAUUGAUGAACAGUGUCAUUCUACCGCUUGAUACUCAGCCGGAAGCCUUGUGAAUUUGGUCUACUGGUUCAGUUCAUGAAUUGUUUCAUACAGCUUUAACUUCUGGACCUCAGCUCACCAGGUGAUGGUUUUGUAAGAGUCACGGAUUCCAUGUCCUCCAAAAAACAUCCCCCCGCGCUUCCAACCGCAUGAUGUGGGAAUCUUGAAACAUCGAAUCUCGUGGCCCAUGAAAUCCUUAAUACCUUAGCAAAUUACUCUUUGGAAGGCACGUAUAUUCUAUGUACCCUUGUGAAUUUUUCUUAAUAAAAUGUUAUUUUUGCGAUAAAAAAA